AUGCACGCGAUGCGCAGCGCACGUGCACACGGGUAUUGGGUAGGUAAUUGCGGUGAUUACAAGAUACCUAUAAGAAACGGUAAUUGCAAGUAAUCUUGGGUAAUUGCAAGGUGAUUGCACGGGUAAUUAAUAUCUGUAAGAAUCUUGGGUAAUUAUACUUACACUAAUGGAUACCAAGUCUCCAUUCGUGUUAGUAUUUCUGCAUUUUUGAUUUCUGACACUGAAGUAGAAGGGACGAUCUCAGUAAGCUAGAUCGCUUCACUCGUUCGUAAAGGAUGGCAGAGAAGAAAACAAAGAAACGUAAGAAGCUGGCACCAAGCGAAGAUGUCGGCGAUGAUCCUCCGGUAAAGGCGGGUAAGACGUCGGACACAGGUGACGCCCAGACGCUGGCCGGCGCUGUGCCGAUCCCGGACAAUAUGCUCAAAAAGCAGAGCGACGCCCAGAAGGAAAAACAGAAAAAGAUCGCUGAAGCAAACAAGGCUCUGAAACGGGAAAAGCGCAAGAACAGGGUAAAAAAGAACAAGCCGCAAAAGACGCCCGAUCAGUCACCUGCUGCGGUUAAGAAGACCACGCCCGAGUAUGCGAUCAGCUACGUGACUCAGUGGAAGGAAGAUAAGUCCAACUGGAAGUUCCAAACGUUGGUGCAAUCAUGGAUCCUACAGAAUCUAUUGGACGACACCAAAAUCAGCAAGGCCGACUUCCCGCUGGUGCUCGAGUACGCGGUGUCGGUGCGCGGGGCCGCCCGCGGCCGGCUGGCCGACGAGAUGCGAGCUGUGGUAGAGGCGCGCGACCGGUGGCCGUCGCUGCGCGCAGAGGGACAGACGCGCGAACAGGCGCGCGAGGCCAUCGGCAGGGACAAGCCCACCAAACGGGCGUACCGGCGCGCGCGCAGUGUGCUCCAGAGCCUGGACGAUGACGAGUGAGGUGCCGGUGUGUGUUGGGGAGGGGGAGGGGGGAUGAUCGGCGAGUCUGGUCGGCGAGCAGUUGGAGAGUGAUUUGGGGUUUGAGCACGGGGAGAAUUGUGAGAAAGGGUUGCGGGUAUGAGAGUGGAGCUCCUUUUGAUGUUGGUUUUGAUGUGGGGGCUUCAGCGUCAAGACAAGGGGUCCGAUGCUGUCGUGACUUUAUUUGAAGUGCUGCCAUUGCUUGUCGCGCUUACUGUUAUUUGACAUGUGUUGUUGACGACUGUGUCUCGCUGGUCACCCAUUUCAUCUGAGCAGAGACGGAAGACCAUCAAUACGAUGAUUUCGGAUGAUUUUGUCAUAUCUUCGAUAGUUGUUGGCCUCGUGGCGGGCUGCCGCCGUGCGGGAUGAAAGGACUCCGUAUUUGGAGCGCGGCUCGCCAGUAAGUCAGCAGCGACUGCCGGCGCAGUCACAUUCUUACAAUGAGCGUUUCGUCAUCGGUGAUGUGGUCACAGCUUUGUUGCGCACAAUCUGCUGAUAGCCCAGCUCGAUACGGUGAUCCCUCGUCGACUGUCUUCCGGACAGUUAGGACGGCGGCCGACUGACGAGCUUUAUCGACUGUCGCGGCGACAAUAAACGACGGAUGUCUCCAGGAA